AUGACAGUGGAUAAGGCAUUCUAUACGUCUACCGGUGGUAGUUUUGGCAAAAUCAUUGCCUGCAAGGAAGGAAAAUCCAUAUCUAGAGUUAAGUUUUGUCCAAUAAGGACAAAAUGUGGACACUUUCACAAUGAAAGUGAUUCAUUGGAAUCAACCUGCCAUCAGGAAGCUGCUUUCCGUGCCGAUAGCACUCACGGAAGCCUGGUUAACCUUCCUAAAACCCGCCGGACUUUCUGUAAGAAGUGUGGCAAGCACCAACCCCAUAAAGUGACACAGUACAAGAAGGGCAAGGAUUAUCUGUAUGCCCAUGGAAAGCGGCGUUAUGACAGGAAGCAGAGUGGCUAUGGUGGGCAAACCAAGCUGAUUUUCCGGAAAAAGGCUAAAGCUACAAAGAAGAUUGUCCUAAGGCUUGAGUGCGUUGAGCCCAACUGCAGAUCUAAGAGAAUGCCGCCUAUUAAAAGAUGCAAGCAUUUUGAACUGGGAGGAGAUAAUAAGAGAAAGGGCCAAGUGAUCCAGUUCUAAGUGUCAUCUUUUAUUAUGAAGACAAUAAAAUCUUGAGUUU